CUACUUUCCUGGUGCAUUCUUUGAUAUUUCGAUAUCGAUUCAUUCGAUAGUUGCAGCAGAGCAGCUGCUGACGUACGAUUACUUUGUGUGCGAGAGUGUGAGUGCGGGAGAUUCCCAAACGUCGUGUCGUGUCGUGUGGGCGCAAUGACCAACGAGGAUUAUCUCGGCAUUUGGCUAAAGCUGAAUGCAAUCAACAACAACCAUACCGAGCAAUUCACCGAUAUCACAACCGUUGAUCCAACCACAAAUACCGAUGAAAUCCUUCAACAAACUCCCGACGACGAGGAGCAGACUUCUCACAUUGGGGCCGGUCUCUUGGUCUGGGUGAUCAUCAAUGCAAUCAUCUUUGUCUUUAUUCUGGGCGGCAACAUUCUCACGAUUGUUGCCGUUCGCACCUGUCGCAAUCUCCGUUCGGUUAUCUCCAAUCUCUUCAUUCUCUCGCUUGCCGUCUCGGACUUUAUUGUUGGCCUCGCGUUGCCCUAUCAUGUUGCCUUCUAUAUGGACAUGGGCGGUUAUCUGGGACGAUUGCGUGGCCUUUGUUUGCUGCGCUUCUUCUUGUUCAUCUGCGCCUGCUGCGUCUCCAUACUGACCCUCAUCUCCAUCGCCGUGGAUCGUUACAUUGCGGUUAUGUACGCUCUGCACUACAGACGUUACAUGACGCGUCGCAUGGCGUACUUGAUCAUCACGUGCAACUGGUGUCUGGGCGCCCUGGUUGCAUUAAUACCCAUCUUCUGGAAUAAGUGGAGCGAAUCGCAAGGCUGCGAGUUUGACGAGGUGCUGUUGCCCUGGUACGUCGCAGGAAUUAUAACGCCCGGCUUUGUGGUCAUAUGGAUCUGUAUGCUGGUCUUCUACUGGCGCAUCAUGCGAGAAGCCUCAAAGCAGGCGCAGCGAUUGCGACAUUCGGUUGUCUACAACACGCACAGUCCGCACAGCAUGCUGCAUCCGGACUGGAAGAGCGUUCAAAUUGUCGUCUUCAUCAUGGGCUGUUUUACGCUCUGUUGGCUGCCCUAUUUCUGUGUGGCCAUCGCGCAAUUGUUUAGCGUUUGUCGCAGCAGCUCGAUGAUCUACAAGACGGCCUUCUCGCUGGCCAUUGCCAACUCGGCCCUCAAUCCCAUUAUCUACUCAUGGAAGAACUCUGGCUUCCGUCGUGCCUUUGCCCAGACACUGUGCUGCAAGUCGGCGCGAUGUUGUCGUGUUGAUUCCGAUGAUGUUGAGAUGCGACUGCCGUCGGACAGUGUGAAGCAUCGCAUUGAUAGCACAAGCAGCUUUGAAGCCACUGCAAAACCCACAAAACCAACAAUAACAUGCAAAGCUAUAGAAGAUCUCUCAAGCCCUUGCCAAGGAACGCAAUAAACAGAUGUA